GCGAGACACCACACGUUGACUUCUGUGUGCGACACAUUAUUCUUGCAAGGGAAGGGACGACCUCAACAUGCUUCCUUGGGCGUCCAUGUUAGAGGCAGCCGCUGAACAUGCAGAGGGCGACGUCCUUGCUUCACGAACCCCCUUGCGCAAAGGGCGAGGUGGGAUUGCGGCACUCGCAGUACCUCCAGACGUGAAACCCCGGCCCAACGCCAAGCGUCGAAGGCAACAAGUCGACAAAACGGCUUCCGCUCGGCGUCCUCGUGUAAAGGCAAACGAAUUGCCCAACAUGGACGAGGUGGUGUUGUCGUUGCUGUCCCUUCGUCAGUCGCAGAACCCUCCAAUGGCUAUCAUUCCCAUGGCAGGUGGGGACGCAACCGUACAGCCCUUGCACAAUUCACUGCAACAGCGCUUCCUAUCACCCCAUGCUUCUCAAAUCAAACAUGCGAACCAUUCGAUGUCGUUCAUCUUGAAUGGCGGCGCGUCCCUUGAAGACAAGGGGGGCUUGAUUCGUCUCCCCAAGUUGCCUCCAUUCCAGGCUCCCCAUGCGUCCCACCGAUCGACAUCAUCGCCAAACCAACAAGGGUCGACGACCGACGAGCGCACUCGCCGCGUGCUUCAAGAUCAGCUGGAUACGCUGCAUCAACUUCGGUAUGAGUAUCACGACAAUCGCCCAUCGCACCUCCACCGAAGCGAGGACAUGGUCGACGAGGACGACGACAGAUGGGACAGCGACGAUAGCUAUGACGACGUCGCAUCCACAAGUUCGCUCGACCCCAACCACCGAUCUUCCUUGGGAUUCUCAGACACGAGCGGCGUGUUUCGACGGCUGCUUCCUUCCUCCAUCCAUGACUACGACGAUGCAGCACAUCCUUCGUCGUCCAAACACCAAGCGCCGUUCUCCACGAGUUGGGCGCAACGCAAACGCAAUUUCGAACUGCUGCAAGUCACCGCCCGUCUUGAAGACGCGCGACAAGACUACCUCGGCCACAUCCACUCGAGUCUCGAAGAGGACAUGCGCGUGCAGCGCCAUUACCAGCACCUCCAUCCCCAUGCCCCGCUUCCCACCGACGCACAAGUGAUGGCCAUGCGAAGGCAGCGGGCGCGGGAAGUGUCCAUGAUGUAUCUCUUCGAGACGAAUUGCAGGAAUGCGUACGAGAUUGGCGCGUUUGCAUUCAAUCAUACGACCACGAGCAACGUGUUCAAGGACUCGUUCUCGGACGUCCGUGGGUUGUUGGCGGCGCUGGAGGCGGUCCUGAGCCUGCGCAAGUGCUGGAUCGUUCACGUCGAGACGAUCCAGAACAACGAGCUUGGAGAUGACGAAGAUGUCAUGACGUUCCACGUCGGCUUCCAAGUGUAUGUCCGCGACAACGUCGGAGCCUGCAAAGCGCUCCUGCGCCCGGAAUUGCAUUGGCUUCUCCCCCAUCUCAUGCACGCGCGAGAAAGAGGGUUCGUGAGUGUGCAGGCCGCACUGCAAUGCCGCUACCGCACGUUUGACGUGAAGAGCAUGUACAUCCAUGUCGACGUCGCUGCACUCGUCCACAGCUUCAACAUCCCGACCUCCUCCAAUCCCGACAAUAUGGAUCGCAUGCCAUCUACAAGAACCCUGAAUCAAGCACGAUAGACACCAAGGGAAUAGUAUUUAUAGGCAAUGAAGACGUUAAUGGAGGUCUUGUGCCAUGUCCACCCAGCUGCCACCGCAUCGUGCGUGGCAUUGGGAGAAGUGGAACAAUGGG